AUGGCCGUUCGUCACAAGUCAGGACCGUACGGCUACACGCAAGCCAAAUCCUUGGUCUUCAGUAGAUACGGCGAGCCGAGCGAUGUCCUCAAACUUCACACUCACUCCAUCUCGCCCACCCUCCCCUCCUCCUCUCUCCUCCUACGUACCCUGGCCGCACCCAUCAAUCCUGCCGACGUAAACACCAUCCAAGGCACCUACGGCGUGAAACCUUCCUUUUCGCCCUUGAUAGGGACUUCCGAGCCGUCCGUCAUCCCGGGCAACGAGGGCGUUUUCGAAAUCAUCUCCACGUCCUCCCUCCCUUCGAGUAGUCCGCUCAAGAAAGGCGACUGGGUCAUCCCCACCAAAACCGGCUUCGGCACCUGGCGCACCCAUGCCGUCGCCGGUGCGGAUACUGUUUUGCGGGUCGAGAGGGAAGGGUUAAGCCCGACGCAGGCGGGCACCGUCGCCGUGAACCCUUGCUCCGCGUACCGCAUGUUGCGCGAUUAUGCGCAGCCUGCGUUGCGGGAAGGAGACUGGUUUGUGCAGAAUGGGGCGAAUUCGGGGGUGGGGCGGGCGGCGGUGCAAUUGGGGAGGUUGUGGGGGUAUAAGAGUAUCAAUGUGAUUCGGUCUCGUGAAAGCGCCGAGGAGACGCAGAAACUCAAGGAUGAGCUGAAGGAUUUGGGAGCUACGCAAGUAGUCACUGAGGAAGAAUUCUUGAGCAGGGAAUUUCGGGAUAUGGUGAAGGAGUGGACGGGCAGCGAGGGGAUCAGGUUGGGUAUGAACUGUGUCGGAGGCAAAUCGGCGCAAACGAUGGCUAAAACGCUCGGUUCGGGGGGUACGUUGGUCACUUAUGGGGGGAUGGCGAGGCAGCCGGUGUCUUUGCCCACGGGGUUGUUGAUUUUCAAAGAUAUAAGGUUUGUGGGGUUUUGGUUGAGUCGGUGGGCGGAUGGGGACAAGGAGGGCAAGGAGAGGACCGUGAAUGAGAUACUGGAGUUUAUGAGGGAGGGAAAGUUCAAGGAUACGCCGACGGUGGAUGUGCCGUGGAGUUGGGAGACGAAAGAGGGAACACUGAGGGAGGCGGUGCAAGGCACGCUGGAGGGGUUUAGGAAGGGUAAGGGGGUGUUUGUUUUCGGAGAGACGUGA